AUGCACGUCUUUGUCGAUCGGAUUAUUUUGCUGGCCUCGGCUUCUGUGGUGGCAGGCCAUGGCUAUGUCUCCAGUAUCGAGGUGGAUGGCACCACAUACAGUGGCUACCUGGUCGACACCUACUACUACGAGUCGGACCCUCCCGAGCUGAUUGCCUGGUCCACCAAUGCCACCGAUGAUGGUUACGUCUCUCCCACCAACUAUGACAGCGCCAACAUUAUCUGCCACCGUGGCUCCGCUCCGGGUGCGCUUGCCGCCCCGGUUGCCCCUGGUGGAACGGUCAAACUGACCUGGAACACCUGGCCCGAUGACCACCACGGGCCGGUAAUCACCUACCUGGCUAACUGCAACGGCUCUUGCUCGGAUGUCGACAAGACAGCCCUGCAGUUCUUCAAGAUCGACGCUGGCGGCUUGAUCGACGACACCGACAUCCCUGGUACAUGGGCUACCGACGAGCUCAUCGAUAACAGCUACAGCCGCAACAUCACCAUUCCUACUGACAUCGCAGCUGGGAACUACGUUCUCCGUCACGAGAUUAUCGCGCUGCACGGUGCAGAGGACCUGGAUGGGGCCCAGAACUAUCCCCAGUGCAUCAACCUGAAUGUCACUGGCAGCGGUACGGCCACUCCCAGCGGAACCCUGGGUACUGCGCUGUACCAGGACACCGAUCCUGGCAUCUACAUCGACAUCUGGCAGACCAUCAGCAGUUACACCAUUCCCGGACCGACUCUCUAUACUGCGGGCAUGCCUCAACCACCGAGGCUACCAUCGUGACCUCUGCUGCCGUGUCUUCUGCCACUUCCCCGACCACCAUGGUCACAUCCACUCGUGCCCAGCCCACCAGCUUCAGCAGCACCGGUAGCACCAACACCCAGUCCGGCACUGGCCCAAUCGGCGGUCCAACCCAGCCCGGCAUGGUUGAAUCCAACGGAAACAUCGACGUCUCCAGUACUUUCGACUCGACUUCCACCACCACCAGCGCUACCUCCAGUUCCACUUCCACCACCUCCGGCGUCCUCAGCGGCUCCUGCAGCCAAGAAGACUACUGGUACUGCAACGGCGGCACGGCUUUCCAGCGCUGCGUCAACGGCGAAUGGGAUGCGUCGCAGAGAAUGGCAGCCGGUACGGAAUGCACGGCGGGGAUCUCCGAGACGCUGACGAUCUCGGCUGCAUCGAAGCGUCGGGAUCUUGGCCGGAUGCGUCGUCAGAUGUAAAGCAUUUCGCCGUGGAUGGCGAGGGG